UGCACGAAAAGAACAGGGUGGAACCCUGUGAAAACUGUUCUGAAGCCCGUAAUAAGUUCUGACAUCAUGGGAAACAGGAACGUAGAAGUGAGGCCAGUGGGUGCUUGGGUUCAGCCCGACUUUGAAGUGGAAUCGAGCGACGUUCCAGAUGCGAUAGCUGCCGCAUUUGAAGAAGAAUUGAGGAUUCAGGCAAUCCUACAACAAAAGAAAGAAAAAAUCCUCAAAUUUCAGGAAGAUGUGAAGAAGCGGGUUAGAAGAUUGAACAAAAUGAAGCGGAAGAAUGAAAUGCAACAGAACAUGAUGGCGGUUGAACAGGAACGUGAUAUUGUGCGACAGAGUUCAAAAUCUGCUGAAGUAUCGACACCCAGGAAAAAUAACUGUCUGCUGCGAAAAGAUCAAGAACAUUCUAUCAAACCAAAGUCUACACCCAUCCUACAAGGAGGACGUGUUCAAAAUGAAGAGACACACUUAGUUUUUCGUGAUAAAAGCAGUCAUGUUCACCAGAUGACAAGUCAGGCGAGACAGAAGCUGGUGUCUCACAGAAUUGUCACACAUGACUUCACAACAGAUGACCUGCCUGGUGGGAUCUGGAGAUCUUCAGCCACUCGAGAUAAACCAAGAUAUUUAACUGAACAGCAUGUUGAGCAAAACGUUGAGGAGGAGGAACUCUCCUCAAAAGACACGGAUCAGAAUGAUGGAGAUGAAGAGGAAGAAAAGGAAGAAGAUGAGAAUGAAAAUCAUGAAAAGAUGGUUCACUUUAAACUACCAAGUGAAGAAGUAAAACGUAAAUACAGACAUCGAGUGAAAAGUGCUGGAAAUGUCCGACCACAUUCAUCAGUACCAGACAUAUAUAUUGGAGUUGAGCAAGAAGUGGAGCGACGGCGACAGCAGAAUCAGCACGCUCUCUACCGGCGUCUGUUCAUGGACAUCGAGCGAGAACAGGUGAAGGAGAAUCUGAGAAGACAGGAACACCGGAGAAGAAUACAGAGGCUGAAGAAGGAAAAGGAAGAAGAACGAAAGCAGGAGGAAGAGAAUUCACUGAGACUGGUGCGACCAAGACAUCCGGCCACAGGGGAGACAACUGAGGAGGUGUUACUGCGAGAACAGCUGGCAGAGAUUCGUCUGGAGGAAACGCUCGACAAAUUCAACGAGGAGAGAAGAAAGGCCACAGAGAUGACUCGGUAUGUAGAAGCCUUACGACACAGUCUACAAGAGAAGGUUAAGAAACGUGGAAUUCAGAUCCCACCGUUAUGUUGUUGUGGAAACUCCGUGUGGGACACUAGUCCAGAUACUUGUGCUAACAACUGCUACUUUUACAGAAAUCCUAGAGCAUAUGCCAAGGCUCUGCAAUCAUUGUUGGUGUCUUGUGAAGUUGUCUGAUAAAUACUUCACGGUCACACAAUACUACAGAUGAAAUGAAUUGUCAUGACUGCGAUCUCACCACGAAUGUUGGAAUCGGCUGAUAAACAACUUAGUACAUAUGUUUUUAUUUAAGUUUUUAUCUUCUUGACACCCAAAAACAUACGAUACAGCUUAACACUCAAAGACUUGAGAAACAAAGAACAAUGCAAGCAAAAUCAGACAUUGGGGCAAAUAUUUUAGUGAAAACUGGGCAAAAGUGGUAACAAAGCUUUGAUCUGCCAACAUGUUUCAGAUCUCUCCAUAUGGAAAUAGCAGGAGAACAAUCCAUUUAUUACUUAUUACAAUAAUUCCAGGCAAGAAAUGUCAAGUAAGGACAGCAGUUCUGCAUAUUUUAAAAAGAAACUGUUUUAACAUCAUAAACACAAUAAAUUAAAAUGCUGAAAAGCAGACAUCAGGAUUUCAGAUUUUCUGGCAUUAAACACUUUUUUUUCGAUUCCGUGCUCAGUGAUCAUCAGAACCCACCGAAAACUGUUUUUCAUUCAUCGUGUUUGAUUAUGUUAUAUGAUAAUAGGUAACUGACUUUCAGUUCUGUGAUUGUGCUGAUACAAUGCUUGAAAUGAUAGUGUCCAUGAGAUCUGGAGGCCUAGAAAAAUUGGUGCAAAAACAUUCACCAUUUUCUGCCUUUCAAAGAGAACGAGGGCAUGUAUUCGCACAAAAUCUUGUUGUUUUUGUCUACGUCAUAAAAUUACAUCUGUACACUUAUAACAUAAUUCUACUAUCUGAAUUGUCAGGACUCGAACAUAAAAAUUUGUAGUCUAUGUCAAUAUUUUAAAAAACAUUGCCAUGAGUGAAACUCUCACCGACUGCAAUUUUGAGGCUGCCUGCUGCAUUUUGUUUUCAGUGACUUUUGCUACAAAUUAACAUGACUGAAAAGUUAUUUUGCUGUAUGUAGUAGACCUCUUUCAAAAGCACAAAUGUUAAAUACUAGUUAAUAAAAUACAUCAGGUAUAUACAAUUUACCAUCAUCGAGGAGCAUUACCGAUGACAGAAAUGUUUAACAAGCGGCAGAAAAGUGCCAUUGGUGAUGCUCCCUACCUACUGCACAGGGGCGUAGGCCGGUGCGAAACACACACACACACACACACACACCCCGCUGAAGCAAAUGGUCUGCUUUUAGAACUAAAACAUACAAGUUUAUACAUAUGGAGUUUCUGCUGGUGCAAAACAAAAUAGAAAAAGGGUCCAAU